AUGGGCCUGGAGGAAAGGCAUGGGAGGCCUAGAGUCAAGGCCCUCGAAUCUAAAGGCGCUCUUGGGCCCAUCGCACGCAGACAUGUGAGGGUUGCACAUAGAGGCACCCCUCUAGGACUCUGGGAUAAAAGGAAAGCAGACGAUGGGGAAAAACCGAAGACGUGUGUGAUAUUCUACUUCUGGACGAAUGCUGAGAUGGAGCAAGAUUUUAAACAGACGGAGCGGCGUAAUGGACAAACAAAUUAUCAAUUGGCCGAGCAAGAGUUGAGGGAUGCUGGGGCUGAGAGCUGGGCAGAAGAGCACUGGGUUCCAGGAAGGCUUCCGAAUAUGUGA